UUUUUUUUUUUCAAUGAAAUAAAAAGAUUGUUCUCAACUUGCAAGAGUUUAUUCGCGUACAAUUCGAUCGUGUUUCAGUUCACGGUUGCUCAAGAAAAAAAAAUAAAGAAAAAAAACAUUGAGGCUCAGGGAAGCCAUUGAACAAAGAAACGAACCAAUAUUUUUUGGAUGUGAAUUGACAAUGGAGUCAACUAUUAAUGUGAUGUUGAAAAUUAAUUGAAUAUUAUGGUAAUCUUCAAUGUAAAUGAUUGAGUUACUAAACAAAAAGUACCACGAGAUGUAACACAAGUACAUCACUAAUUGGAUUAUCAACAUUUGUGGGUAUGAAUAUCAGGUAAAAUAGAUAUUUUAAUAAAAAAUAUCAUAAUGACCGAGUGCUACCUGGAUUUCGAUAGAGUUUGUAGAAUAUGUUUAACAGAAUCAACAAAUUUAACAUCAUUGUAUUGUAAUGAUUCGGUACCAGGUGUAUUUCCAAGUUUAUCACAGCGUAUAUCAACAUGUGGGGCUAUUGAGCUUAAUGAAAGAGACGGAUUACCAUCGUUAAUUUGUGAGAAUUGUAUUUAUAAAGCAAGUGUAGCUCAUGAUUUUCGUGAACAGUGUCAGAAUUCAGAUGCACGAUUACGUUUAUGUUACGAUAAACCAGCUCGUCUACAAUCAAAUUUGCAGGACUCCAGUACGCAAACAGAAAUUGAAGAGAGAACGAUGGCUAAAAAUGUAAAUUCAAAUUAUUUUGUAAAACAAGAAAUUCAAGGGUUUAAUCAAGAUUUAAAUACAAUAGGUGUUUACCAAAAUCCCCAAGUUGAAGUUACAAGCAAUCAAAUAGUUACUGACGAUAAAUUAUUCCUAUGUAAUAUUGACUACCAAACGAAAGAAUUAGAAAAACAGCCAGUGCUUGAAUCGACUCAGCAUCAAAAUCAGCAGCACCAACACCAACACCAACUCCAACAUCAACAUCAAGAACUCGAUCAUCAAGAUAUUCAACAUCAAGUAUUAAUACCAGAGCAGCAACAAGUUUCUAUAGCAGUCGCGAUUGAAACAGGGCAACGAUUACCAAAUUCUGUUACAAUGGCUGAAAUGAAACCAGUGGUUGCACAAUACGUGGACAACGAAUUGUUGGUUAAUAACGAUGACAGUGUUGAAGACGAAGAUCUUGAGGAUGAAGAAGAAGAAACUGAAAUUCCAGGCGACGGAUUUAACAAAGAGCAAGAUAUUUCGAUUGAUUUACACGAACCUAAGUGGGAAGAAGAAUCAGAGGAAUUAGUGCCCAGCAAAAGAUUGACGCGCAAGGCUAAGGAUAUUGCCGGUAAAUCAUACAGCGUUGAUGAAAUUGACGAAGAUUUACCUGAUAAUAACGAUGACGACGACGAUGAGCCGAAAUUCAAGUGUAAAGUUUGUUCAAAACGAUACAACACAUCGAAAGGCUUGAAAAAUCAUGCCCAAGUUCAUGAUAAAAAACACAAAUGCCACGUGUGUUUAAAGUCAUUUUACAACCUUGAGAAUAUGGAAAAACAUGUAAAAAUUCAUGAAACUAAGCCUCAUGCGUGUCAACUGUGCCAUACAUGUUUUGCUAAGCCGCAAAGCUUGGUUCGGCAUCUCAAGAGUCAUUCGGAUAAAAUUCAGGGUAGCAAUAAUAAUAAUAUAAAAAGCAAUGAAAACGGAACAAUAACGAUCGUAAGAACUGAAGAUACCGAGGAUGACGAUGACGAUCGUGACGGUUUUCAGACAAAUGAAACCGAUGAAUUCGACAGUGCGCCUGGUCUGUACAAGUGCAGUGAAUGCAAUCAGUUUUGUUCGACUUUGAAGAAUCUCAAAAGACAUUCAUUGAUUCACGGUGAUAAAAAAUAUUCCUGUACGGUUUGUAAAAAAUAUUUCUUCCGACCAGAUACACUGAAGAAACAUGCUGAAAAACAUGGUCAUGGUUUACUGGACAAUUUGUCAGACGAGAACAAAUUGUAUGAGUCCGAUGACGAGACAUUCAAUCGCAGUAAUACGCUGGCUAAUAAUAUCAACGGCAAUGGGACCAAUGAUACUGAUAAUAAAAAAAUUGACAGUGAUGAAGACGGUUCUGGGGAGUACAAGUGUCAGCAUUGCGACAAAGUUAUGGCAACUAAAAAAGGAUUAAGACGGCAUGUGUCGAUGCAUAAGCCAAAAGCAGAGCCAGUAACCUGUGAAAUUUGUAAAAAAGUGUGUGCUAGUCAAGCUAGACUGGUUCUUCAUCAAAAAACACACAGUAAACCUAAGGAAAAAGUACCGCGGGAAUAUCUCUGUCAUAUAUGCAGUAAAGUAUACCCAAGCAAUUCAUCACUGACCUAUCACAUGAGGACACAUACUGGAGUAAAACCGCAUGUGUGUCAAACAUGUAACAGCGGUUUUACAACAACGACCAGUCUCGCUAAUCACAUUCGAAUCCAUACUGGUGAUAAACCCUUCGUUUGCCACGUAUGUAGUGCUGCAUUUGCUGUAAGCUCGGCCUUCAGACGUCACUUAACUCGUCAUACCGGAGAAGCCAAUUAUCUUUGUAAAACUUGCGGCAAGGCAUUCAAAAGACUCAGCACACUGAAGGAACAUACCUACACCCAUUCGGGAGAAAAACCUUAUGUUUGUAAAACAUGUGGUGCUGCUUACAGCCACAGUGGAAGUUUAUUUGCUCAUCAAAAACGUUGCAGAGUACAGUAUGGUGAAAUGGUUACUUCUGAGAAUAAUCAUUCGCAUGUACCACAUCAUAUUCACGUUAAUAAUGUACAGACAGCGGUCAGAUCACUUGCAGUUAUCGGACAAAUGUUUUAAUUAUUUCAUUUUAUUUUUAUUAUUAUUAUUAUUAUUAUUAUUAUUAUCAUUUAUUAUUCACUUAUCAUUGAUAGAUUGGUAUUUUUACAACAUUUAUUACUGUUGAGAGGAUUAUUUUACGAAAAAAAAAAUUACUUUGCAUUAGUAUAGUGAAAUUAUUAUUUGAAUUUAAAUGUCAAUCUUUGAUUUAUAAAAAUGAUACGAUAUUUUUAAAUUGAGAUAGAUUUAGUAUACGAUAAAACUGUAGAUAUGAUAUUGUUCUCCAUAUCGAUUCAGUGAGACUGGAUUGUAUAAUUAAUAUUGUAAUAAUAUUAAUAAUAAUUAUAAUUAUAACUAUAUUAUUUUUUUUAAUAUUUAAGAUAUUACCGAAUCGCUGCCUCAUCAAAUCUAUAAACUAUUGAAUUACGAAUAUUGUUUUUUACUCAGUCUGAAUAAUGAUGACGGCUUCAUGUAGUGAUUUUUACUUUAAAAAUUUAACAGAGUUUAUUCAUUUUAUUAGAAUUUAAUAAUAAUAAUUGUAGUUAAUAUUAUGCAGCUUAAA